AUGCCCACAUAUCUAACAUCCGAUUCUGAGUUGUGGUUUAAUUUGCAGGGCUAUCUUGAUGAGCAAUUUAUUCAGCUGGAAGAAUUGCAAGAUGAUGCUAACCCUAACUUUGUGGAGGAAGUUGUCAGGGUUUUCUACAAUGAUUCAGCAAGACUGAUCCGUAACAUUGAAAUGGCAAUGGGGAAAAACCCUAUGGACUUUGGCAAGUUGGAUGAUGUCAUGCACCAGUUCAAGGGUAGCUGCUCAGGCAUUGGUGCCAAAAAGGUGAAAAGGGAAUGCACCCGAUUCCAAGACUACUGCAAGGAAGAGGACCCUGAAGGAUGCAUGGGGGCCUUCCAAGCAGUGAAGCAAGAACAUGCAACCCUAAAGGGGAAACUAGAUGCUUACUUUCAGUUGACAAGGCAAUGUUGA